AUGAUCGGUAUUGCAUUACCGCAUUUUCGAAUUAUUUGUACUAAAAGUUUUUGUCGCCAGAGCAGUAACGAAGUUCGUGUACGUUUUGCUCCAUCACCAACCGGUAAUCUACAUUUGGGUGGCUUAAGAACUGCACUUUACAAUUUUUUGUUUGCUCGAUCACGUGGAGGUAAAUUUGUUCUACGAAUUGAGGACACUGAUCAAGAACGUUUAGUGCCUGGUGCUGUACAGCAGAUAGAAAAAACAUUAGAUCGGUAUAAACUUUUUCGAGAUGAAGGCCCUUCUUGCGGUGGAAAAUUCGGACCGUAUACACAGUCGGAGAGAAAGUAUUUUUAUCAAAAUGCUGUCCAGCAAUUAAUUGAUAAUGGCCAUGCAUAUCGAUGUUUUUGUUCCAAAACACGUUUGGAUAUGUUACGCCGAGAAGCAGCUCGACGCAAUGAGGUGCCCAGGUAUGACAACCACUGUCGUGCACUUACCAAAGAAGAAGUGGAAAAGAAGUUAGAAAGAGGAGAGAGUUAUGUCGUGAGAUUCAAAUUAGAGCAAAAAGAAAUGUCUUUCAACGACGAAAUUUUCGGAAAAAUUACGCAAAAAACCGACGAAGGCGAUUUUAUAGUAAUGAAAACUAAUCUAUAUCCAACAUACCAUUUGGCAAAUGUUGUCGAUGACCAUUAUAUGCAGAUUAGUCAUGUAAUACGAGGAUGUGAAUGGCUUAUAUCUGUUUCAAAACAUUUGCAGUUGUAUCAUAAGAGAAUUGUACUGGAUCAAAUGGUACUUGAUAAUUAUGGUUUUAAAGCACUGCAGAAUGCUGACGUUGACAGGCAUUUAGUGCCAGAGAUCAUAGCACGUCUCCAGAGAGCAGUACCAGAAGCUGCAGCGGAAAUUAUCACCGAUUCCGAUUACGUGAAAAGAGUGCUCCAUUUAUUUGAACGAACAGACCAGAAAUUUUGUUAUUUAGAGCAGAUUACUGAUAGCGACUUUAAAUAUUAUUUUCUGAGACCAGUCAAGGCAGAAAAAUUGCUUUCUGAGUAUGACGUGUCGCUCACAUCGUCCAUUCUAAAAGAUGUGAUAGGUUCUAACAUUUGGGAUAUGACAUAUUUUAGGCAGUUAUCUUCAGCACAUAGUAUUCGCUAUGCAGAAGUGUUCAGAAUUAUUCGCUUAGCACUUAUUGAUUCGCCGCACGGGCCACCAGUCAUGGAACUUUUGCAUUUUUUCGGAAGGAAAGAAUGCUUAAUAAGAUUUUUAGCGAUGCAUGAGAUGUUAGAAGCAUCAAAAUUGUCAUCAGCUGUUUAA